AGUCCGUGUACUUUGGUUAGGCCCAUUAAUCCAAUUAGACCAUUUCAAGCUUGAAAACAUGUGAUUUGCAUUUCUUGUUUUGUUUAAAUUUAAAAAAAAAACAAAAAAAAAUAUCCCCUGCCUCUUCUUCCUCUCCUUCCCAUACCCAAGGAGAGAGAAAAAUCCAGCUGUUUAUCCACCGGCGGGCAGUUUUCCGACUCCAAUUCACCGGAUUUUAUUAGGGUUUUUGUCGAACCCUACUCCACAAUCUUCUUUCUCUGUUAAUAAUUUCAAUUUCGGUAAUUAUCAAAGGGGAAAUUAAUUACUAAUAGUCACUUGUUAUUGAAAACUUAUUGUAGAGAUUUGGUAAAAGGGUUAGGUUUUGCUAUUGGGACUUCCUCUUGGCAAGGGAAUGUUUUUCCUUUAAAGGGUUUAAAAUGCAAUUGGUAUCUUUGUCAAAGCUCAAUACUGCUUGUAGUUCGUCUCUACGUAGAGUUUUGAGUGGACGGGUUAAGUCGAGGGAGCAGGGGAAUUUGGUUGCACAUUUGUCUUUUGAGGGUCAAAAUCUGAACCAGAAUUGUAAUUCCGUAAGGUAUUAUAGUAGUUAUCAAAUAAAUAAGUAUUUGGUAAACUCAACUGCCGCUUCUUUGUGUUGCCGUGUUAUAAGGAAACCGAUGGCUACUUCAGGGUCCUCCCAUGUUGUUUCUGGAGAUGUAUUUGUUGAUAACUUGUUCAUGGGGUGUGGUAAUAAUGUUAUAGACUUUGCGAAGCCAGCUGGUGUUUUCUUUGGUUGUAGAAGUGUUAGUAGUUGUGGAAAAGCUACUAUUGGUUUGAGAAACAAAGAUGUUCGUUUUACUAGUCUAGCUAUCCCUGGUAUAGCUUACAAGAGUUGGGAAUCUAAGAAGUUUCUUGGGCAAUCCUUGAGGCUUUACCGUGCAUCACCUUCUGCGAGUUAUUCUGAUGGAGCUGCUGCUGCUGAUAUCCCAUUUGACAUUUCUGCUACAGUUGAAAAUCCUGCUGAUACUCCUGCCUGUAAAAACGUAGGUCAGAAAACCUUGAAGCUUCAUUCAGGAUCAUGUUACCUGCCACACCCUGACAAGGUAGCAACUGGAGGCGAAGAUGCUCACUUCAUUUGUGAAGAAAAGCGAGUGAUUGGAGUUGCAGAUGGCGUCGGUGGAUGGGCAGAUGUUGGCGUUGAUGCUGGAAUUUAUGCUAGACUACUCAUGUCUAACUCUAUGAUAGCUAUACAGGAAAAUUCCAAGGAUGGAGUAAACCCAGCUAUAAUAUUGGAGAAAGCUCAUGCUGACACUGAUGUUAUGGGUUCCUCAACAGCUUGUAUUAUUGCUCUCACUGAUCAGGGGAUCCAUGCCAUAAAUCUUGGGGAUAGUGGAUUCAUAGUAAUCAGGGAUGGAACUACAGUUUUUCGGUCCCCUGUGCAGCAGUAUGGUUUCAAUUUUCCAUAUCAGUUGGCAAGUACAUCAGCUGGGGGCGAUUUACCCAGCUCUGGUCAGGUCUUCACAUUUCCUGUUGCUUCUGGAGAUGUUAUAGUUGCUGGUACAGAUGGAUUAUUUGACAACUUAUAUGACAACGAGAUUACUACUUUGGUAGUCCAAGCUAAAAGGUCAGGUCUGGAGUCCCAGGCAACGGCAGAAAACAUAGCCUCUCUAGCGCAACAAAGAGCUCUGGACAAACAUCGACAGACCCCAUUUGCUGCAGCUGCACACGAUGCCGGGUUUCGUUAUGUUGGAGGAAAGCUGGAUGAUAUCACUGUUGUGGUCUCUUAUAUCACUGGUGAGAAUAAUCAGUGAGUUGUACCCUUUGAUAGUUUCUUUUUGUUUAUUUUCCUGCUGAUUAGAGUAACUCUGAAUAGUAUGAUGAAAAUAACAUUUUGCAGUAAAAACUCGAUUUUGCUUCUAAA